GGGAACGAAUGAAAUGGAUUUCGUAAAAUGAACAAAAAUGUUAUCACAAUAAUGACGUUUUUUCAACGUUUAUAUGCUGCAAUUUUUAGAUAUACCGACAACACAAGGCCAACGGCACAAAAGAGAAAGCGAUCAGGUAGUGAAAGUGACGAUGCAAGCUCAAACGACAUACUAAAUACGCCUCAAAAAAAAAGACUUAAAAGUACAUCAGAUUACAUCUAUCAGACAUUUUUUGUAAAUGAAGAAAACAGUGAUGUAUGUAUUAAAGCCCUUGGAAAAACUUGGAAUCUCCACAGAGCCUACCUAUGUCAGUCUGACUAUUUCAAAUGCAUGUUUCAUGGAAAAUGGAAGGAAUCUGGCGAGUCUGUUAUCCACCUCACCAUUCCGGAUCCUAAUAUCGAUGCAAAAGCACUGAACAUUGCUUUAGGAUCCUUGUACAGUGAUCAUGUGGCAGUGGCACCGGCUCAGGUGGCCUCUGUGCUGGCUGCUGCACUGCUGCUUCAACUGCCUGACCUGUGUGCACAGUGCCAAAGCAUCAUGCUGGAUGUUAUUUAUGAUGAAACGGCAGCAUACUAUAACAGUGCAGCUCUCCUCUAUGGAAUGCAGGACAUCGCAGGCAAAACCUUCAAAUGGCUGCUAAAGAAUCUCAUGCCAAUACAGACUCCUGUGUUAAUUAAAAGCCUUAGCCAGAAGCAACUGUGUGAUCUGCUGUCAUCACCUGACUUGUUUGUGAUGCAGGUGGAGAUGGAUAUCUAUAACCUGGUGAAAAAGUGGGUAUUCCUCCAGUGUAACCCCAGCUGGUCUGGGCAGAGCAAGUCGGAUCUCGUGACCGAUUCACAAGAGUAUUUCCGAAAGCAUGCAGAAAAUUGCAAAGAAAAACGCUUCAUAGAAAGUGAAGAUGUGUGCAAGUAUUUACCGGUCUUCAGACUGAUCAGGUUGCCAUACAUAAUCAGCGAUUUGAACUCUGAGAAGGUCAUAGAGGAAGAUAAAAUAUUUCCUACAAGUUGGUUAAAUCCUGUCUACAAGCUGCAGUGGAGGAGAAUGCUCAGGUUGGAACAGGGUUUUGAUUCAGGGCCACCUGGAGAUGAUAGCGUGAGUGAUCAAGUGUUCAACGUUUUGUCAAUGCGAUGUGGUCGAAUUUUACCAAAGACUGGAGAGAGGUUUUCUGUAAUUGCCUUGGAUGAAAAAGGACAGGUGACGUACGAGAAGUCUACAGAAAAAACGCAUGGAGCCCUAUCAAAGGAUGAGGAGGCACUAGUGCUGCACGUGGACAGAAAGGUGGCUUUUCCUCUGUACAUCAGUGUGCAUCUGCUUUUCUUUACCCCCGAAGAAGUUGCAGCUAGCAAUCUAAAUCAUGGUGAAGAAGAGGUGCCAAAUAACAUACCUCCAGAAAUAGAAGGUGGAGGAAAUCUCAGAGUGGGAGAAGAAGAAGUACAAUUGUAGUAUCCAGCAUUAGUUAUAGCAACAUCCAUAAAACAGACAAUGCACAAUGUAUUGCAGCGCAAGGGGGGGGGGGACAUCUGUGAAAAUGCUUUAUAUUGUAAGGUUAUUUAUAGUUAACACAUAUUCUAUGUUAAACUACUUUUCUGAACAAGUUUCUUGUGCUAAACAUGUGGUUAUUAGUUGGUCGGUUUUUACAAAUGAGUAAGACAUAACAAGAUGACAUGUUUAUAAUGGCAUGCAUGCUAAACUAAAGACAUCAAGACCAAGGUUGUUGGAACCAAAUGCAAUUUGUUGCUAAAAUGCCAAAGCGUUUUGUGAAAGCGCAUUUGUAAGUUGUCCGUCUGAUAUUAUAUUUAUGUAUAACAACAACAAGUGAUACAUUGUGUCAAAUGUAGGACAUUUGUUAUUCACUAGUUGGUAGGAAAAAUGUGCAGAUUUAUUCAAGUUGUAAUAAGAAUGUCGACAUUGUGUGUUCUGCUAUCUAUGUAGUUGUACACCGUCUUCAUUGUGUCUACUUUAGGUUGUUCCUUAAGUUCAGUAACAACAGCUUGUAUUGCUUGUUCUAUAGAGUUUCUACACUCGUUGAAAUUGCAUUUAUAAGAAGGUUGUGAUCACGAAAUUAGAAUCAUUCCAAUCUCAUCACGAUUGUACAUCCUAGUUUGUUUCAUAUGAAAAUAAUAAUAUUGAUUGGAUUUAUUAAUAAUUCUUAUGCCGUUUAGCUACCUAUUUAUUUAUAAUUUAUUUAAUUUAGUUGAUAGUCUUCUGUGGUAGGAGCCUUUUCAUAGUUGUGUUUGUUUGAUGACAAAUAGAUACAAUCAGGAGUGAAUAAUUACAAAUUCCAAUUUGUCAUUAUUGACAAUUUCUCAUUAUUCACCCGUGAUACAAUUCAUGGUCUCUCACAAUAAAAUUGGAAACUGGUGGCAAUUAAUAGCUAACACAGUGGUUUGAUAGUUUUAUGUGCUGUUUCUAAUGCACAAUGUCUAAUAACAAGCUCUAUUAGCAUUAUAUUAGGACCUCAUGUUUAUAUAUUAUAGGAUGCUUUUUGUGCACUUGAGUGUUGGUGCUAUAAAGUGUUUUUUGCAAAUAUA